AUGGAAAAAAUGAAAUUGCUGGUCCCCAGCUCCCUGCUGGAGGAAGUCGCAGACCUUUUCGAACUGUACACCUGUUGGCAAGGGAUCGCCGCAGCAACUCCCCAGAAUCUUGGAUUCGUUAAAAGCACUCGAACAAUGCAGGAAUCUGCUAUCAGCCGAAUCACCACGGCACAUGGCCCCAACGUCAAACGAACGAACCAAGGAUAUCAAUGGACUGCGACUCAGAUUUACGAAUGCACACUGGUAUUUCGAGGGAUACGACAGAAAGAUGACUACAAGAUGGAGGAUUCCUACACUCGGUUUGCAGUCUUCUUGAGCGGUAAAGAUAGGCUCCUUUUGCAAGGGUUCUCCUAUCUGCUUGGGGGCCGACACUUUGAAGAUGAAGAUAAUAGGAUGUUGGCUGCCCAAUUCUCCACUUUCAUGGAAUUGAGAUUCUGUAAAAUGUGUAGCGUGAGAGCAGGAAGCAAUGAAAGCUCUGGCAGCUAUGAGAACCGAGAAAAAGAUGUGCUUCCCGCUUACAUGAUUAUCAGCUUUGGGGGUAGUAUCAACCAGACUGGUCACGUGCAGCUGACCAAGACUCUCCAGGAAGCAAACCCAUCACCACUAGCUAUCUCGGCAUUGACUAAAUCAUCACCAAGACUAGCAACAGGAAGCAUUUCGGAUGACAAAUAUCUACUCCGGUGGAAGUGUCAAUAUGACAGCUAUAUGGCUAUCGGUGGAAGAGCACGCCAUUACAAAGAGUCCAAAGAAAAGUUCGACGUUGUGACUAUGUUCUGA